AAAGCCCCACCUCCAAUUGUUCUGUAUAUUAAAGACUGAAAGACAUAGGGCUUUAUACUGCAGAGUGAGAAAAGUGACGUGAAGAUGAUCAGAUACCUAAAAACCGUGGAGGAAUACGAGCGUGCACUGCAAGAUGCUGGCAGGAAACUUGUGGUAAUCAACUUUUCUUCACAAAAAUGUGGCCAGUGUGGAAUAGUUGCCCCACAAUUUGAAAAUCUAUGUACCGAGUAUCCUGAUGUACUGCUGUACAAGGUUCUGGAUGAUGCUCCAAAACUUUGCCAGCACUGUGAAAUUCACUCCACCCCAACCUUCAUUUUCUACAAGGCACAGAAAAAGGUUGAGCGGUUCAGCGCUGUUGAUAUGCUGCAAGUAAAGCGAACCAUUGAGAAGUUACUCUGAAUCAUCAAUGCUUACAAAACUAUUUCUGAAGAUAACACAUGUUUCUUUUUCUCUUAAAGCUCAAAAAAAAUCUAUCAAAUUCUAAAAAAAAUAAAUGCAUGCCUUAAAAUCAA